GAAGAAUCAGUGGUUCUGCUGGUGCACUUGGGCAGGUUCGUCCCAGGUUCACCGGGCUUCUACCGUGAAAACACGCCUGGUUCUGAGCGGGAGCCUCCGCAGACUCCCGGCAUCAUGGCGCAGGAGAACAUUUUCCUCUUCGUUCCCAAUUUGAUCGGUUACGCCCGGGUUCUGUUGGCUCUGGUGUCGUUCUUCCUGAUGCGGUGCUGCCCGUGGCCCGCGGUGUUCUGCUACCUGCUCAGCGCUCUGCUGGACGCCUUCGAUGGGCACGCUGCUCGGGCUUUGGAUCAGUCCACAAAGUUUGGUGCCAUGAUGGACAUGCUGACGGACCGCUGCGCCACCAUGUGCCUGCUGGUCAACCUGUCGCUGCUCUACCCCUCCUUCACAUUCCUGUUCCAGCUCAGCAUGUGUCUGGACGUCGCCAGCCACUGGCUGCACCUGCACAGCUCCAUUAUCAAAGGAUCAACGAGUCACAAGACCAUCGACCUCUCUGGGAACCCGGUCCUGAGGAUCUACUACACUUCUAAGCCGGUUCUGUUCGUGAUGUGUGCCGGGAACGAGCUCUUCUUCUGCCUGCUCUACGUUCUUCAUCACAUCGAGAACCCUGCUGCCGGGUUCUACCUGCUGCUGGGAGUCUGUGGCAUCAUCUGCCUGCUCAAGUCCGGAAUCAGCGUCCUGCACCUCGUCACCGCCUCGCAGAACAUGGCCGCCAUGGACGCCGCCGAGCGGUCGCACCGCACCAAGAAGCAGUGAGGAGGAGAGCGGCGAAGCUACGUGGGGUCUGUGGAGGAUCACAGGGGCCCGUCAGUGGGAACACACACGCACACAAAUCCAGUUUUAUUUCAUAUUACAAACAAGAACAACCGUAUAUUUUUUGUUUUCCUCUAAGAAUAUGCCAUUUUACACCAGCUUCUCGUUCCUGAAACUUACAAAAUGACAUUAAUCCACAUUAAUCCUGAAUUGGAGCUCAAUAAAUAAUAAUAAUCCACAUUAGAUUAAUCCUGAUUUAGAGCCUUAUAAAAUGUAAUAAUCACAUUAAUCCUGAUUUGGAGCUCAGUAAAUAAUAAUAAUCCACAUUAAUCCUGAUUUAGAGCCUUAUAAAAAAUAAUAAUCACAUUAAUCCUGAUUUAGAGCCUUAUAAAAAGUAAUUCACAUUAAUCCUGAUUUAGAGCUCAAAUUAUAAUUAUCCACAUUAAUCCUGAUUUAGAGUUUAAUAAAUUAUAUUUAUCCACAUUAAUCCUCAUUCAGAGCUCAAUAAAUUAUAAUAAUCUACAUUAAUCCUGAUUUAUGGG